AUGGUCUGCCCCCUCCCGCAUCAAUGCUCCGCGGCAUCCUGCUGGGCAGCAGGGGAGGCUGAAGGCAGUUUCGGGAGGAGGCUGCCUCACAACUCCGCCAGCAAGCCUCAGGGCAGAUUCACUCGAAGAUCUGCUGGAUGCGGUGCUUCGGUGGCCUGCCACGAGGAAGAGGGGAAGCAGAGGGGGAGGGAGUGGGGAGAGAGUGACGCUCAUCACUUGUGCCAAGGGAUCCAGUCAUCGAAGAACUUCUGCAUGCGCGUGCGUGUUGCUAUGCACCGUGUAGAGAAGGGAAGGGGAUGGGGGGAAGCAGGGAAGGGGAUGGGGGGAAGCAGGGAGCGGGAUGGGGGGAAGCAGGGAGCGGGAUGGGGGGAAGCAGGGAGCGGGAUGGGGGGAAGCAGGGAAGGGGAUGGGGGGAAGCAGGGAAGGGGAUGGGGAGAAGCAGGGAAGGGGAUGGGGGGAAGCAGGGAAGGGGAUGGGGAGAAGCAGGGAGCGGGAUGGGGGGAAGCAGGGAAGGGGAUGGGGGGAAGCAGGGAAGGGGAUGGGGAGAAGCAGGGGAUGGGGGGAAGCAGGGAAGGGGAUGGGGAGAAGCAGGGAAGGGGAUGGGGGGAAGCAGGGAUGGGGAUGGGGGGAAACAGGGAAGGGGAUGGGGGGAAGCAGGGAAGGGGAUGGGGAGAAGCAGGGGAUGGGGGGAAGCAGGGAAGGGGAUGGGGAGAAGCAGGGAAGGGGAUGGGGGGAAGCAGGGAUGGGGAUGGGGGGAAGCAGGGAAGGGGAUGGGGAGAAGCAGGGAAGGGGAUGGGGGGAAGCAGGGAUGGGGAUGGGGGGAAGCAGGGAAGGGGAUGGGGGGAAGCAGUACCCGCUCUCACCCUCUGUCUCUCACUCUCUGGGACACCCCCCCCCCUGUUCCCCCCCCUCCGUCCUUCCCCUGCUGUCUCUCCACCUCUGCCCUUCACCUUCUGUCUCUCACUCUCUGCCCCUCCCCCUCUGUUCCUCCCCCUCCGUCCUUCCCCUUCUGUCUCUCCCCGUCUGCCCUUCACCCUCUGUCUCUCCACCUGUGUCCUUCCCCCCGUGUCUCUCCCCCUCUGUCCUUAG